AAUAAGUUGAGUGACAAUGACAAAUAACUUUCACGCAAAUGCCUUGUAACAGUUUUAUUUUAACUGUGUUGUACGCAUUCUUUUUCUUUUGGAAUGUAACCAUUUCAUUUCAAAUUAAUGAAAGUUCAGAAAAAAAUUCGGACACCUUUACAGCUGCAUCUGCAUUGCAGAGUGAUUUUGGCACGCACAAUGGAACUAAUUUAGUGCAAAAUGCAACAGCAUCACACUUUGAAGGGUUAAAUACGGAAUCCGAGUUGUCUUCAGAAGCUUCAUCCGAAAAAACGCACAAUAUUAACGAAGUUUUCGAAAGUGAACAUCCCCCAUGGUAUAAGGACGCCUUAAAAGAUAUUGCUUAUUACUUAAGAGCGCAUAAAUUUAACGAAUAUGAUAGAAGAUAUAACAGACUUGGUGAUAACGUUGCAAGGACAAAUUUUCAAUAUUUUCCGAAACCUCCUUUGAGAUCGCUUCAUUGGGAAGUGCAUAGAUACUGUGAACCUUCAUUUUUACACUGUGUCGAUUAUCUUAGGAAGAAAUUAAAGCAUGUAGCUUUAAGCAGGCAGGAUGACACUUCGAUUGUUGCACAAGAAAAUAAUUGGGAAGCUAACUCUACAAAAUUAAUUCAAAUUGACGAAGAGUGUAUUAGAAUGCGAAAGCUAGACGAGGAAAUUGCCGAACCAUUUGAAGGACCAUUAGAACGGUACCAAUGGAGAGCAACAGCCAGUUAUUUCAUGUGCUGGUUUGUAAUGAACGAAGUACCCGAUUUGAAGCACAUUGAUGGAUUUUGUGAUAACUUUGCUUAUUGCUUGGAUAACAACACUGGCCCGAAUAAUCGAGAUAUACGGGCUGUAGAUAAAGAACCAUUCGCUUGCGCCCUUUAUAGCUUUUGCCCUGACCCGUGUUGCCCGAACAAACACGUCACCCAAAAGGAAACUUGUCUGAACGAUCCAAAAAAUCCAUGUUUUCAGGAAAAUUCAGCCGGUUACAGAGAAUGCCUGCUUAGAAAAGGCGAAAAUAAAGAGUUCAGCGAUAUAAUACUAAAUAGAUGGAACGUUUCAUGCACCUGCUCCCGUAAGGGCUUCAUUUGGAAUUCGCUUUAUGGAAUUUGCGUUGAUGAGGACGAAUGUUUGAACUCGAAACCAAACGGUUGUAAUGCCGAAGGAGAAGCGUGCUUAAAUACGCCUGGAGGAUUCAGUUGCGUUUGUAAAUGGGGCUACUACUACAGUAAGGAAAAGAAGAAAUGCAUGGUAAGCAGUGCUAUAUCUAAGAUUAAAUUGAACAGUAAGCUCGAAAGCCAGAAUGGAAAUAAGACGAAUAGAUGGGAAUUGUUUGUUUCAACGGUUCUCAGGAUUAUCGGAAAGCCUUCUGCUGGUAGACGGAACAGAAUUUCACAUGUUUUAAUCAUAUUAGGAAACAGCUUUGUUAAUUCAGUCGGGCGCAUUUUAAUCGAAACCUCAAAGAGAUGAGUGGUUGUUUGAAAAUGUUUGUUGUUUAUU